AUGGAACAGCGGAACCGGCUCGGUGCCCUCGGAUACCUGCCGCGUCUGCUGCUGCUGCACGCCCUGCUGCUCUUGGUGGCCCACGCUACAUUCACUGAAGUCCCCAAAGAUGUGACGGUGCGGGAGGGAGACGACAUCGAAAUGCCCUGCGCGUUCCGGGCCAGCGGAGCCACCUCGUAUUCGCUGGAGAUUCAGUGGUGGUACCUGAAGGAGCCGCCCCGGGAGCUGCUGCACGAGCUGGCUCUCAGCGCGCCGGGCGCCCGGAGCAAGGUAACAAAUAAGGAUGCAACUAAAAUCAGCACCGUGCGCGUCCAGGGCAACGACAUCUCGCACCGGCUGCGGCUGUCGGCCGUGCGCCUGCAGGACCAGGGCGUGUACGAGUGCCGCGUGGCGGACUACAGCGACGACCACACGCGGGAGCACCAGGCCCAGGCGCAGCUGCGCGUGCUGUCGCGCUUCGCGCCGCCCGACGUGCAGGCCGCCGAGGCCGUGUCCCACAUCCAGAGCAGCGGCCCGCGUCGCCACGGCGCGGCCACCGCCCACAGCGCGGGCCGCGCCACCCCUGAGCCCGGCGGCGACAAGAGCCCGCCGCCCGCGAGCCCGCCCGCUGCCCCCGGUCCCGGAGUCCCCGCCGCUGCCGCCGCCUCCGCGGCCCACACAGCGGCCACCACCGUCGUCGCCGCUGCGGCUGCUUCGUCUGCGUCGCCGCCACCGGGCCAGGCCGUCGUGCGCCAGAGGCACCGCUCGGGCACCGGCCGCAGCUACGCGGACCCGCUGCUGUCCCUGCUCCUGUUAGCGCUGCACGAGUCCCUGCGCCUGCUGGUGGGGCACUGA